ACGUGUUAAGGAACCUCCAAGAAACCUUCAAAAUCACCUAAUGAAAUUACAGUCGUCACUUUACAACUUAAACAUGACUUACAUAAGUAUCCUACAUCACAUUUACCACACCCUGAGUGGCACAUCGUGACAUUUCACAAAAUGAACUCAACUGAUGCAGAUCUUUGCCUCCUCAUUUUCUAUGGAUUUCAGAGGUAUUUACGUACUGUACAUGCCUAGGUGUAACACAUUUCUGCAAAUUUUCUUAAUUAUGCCUAUUAUUUGACUCAUGUAUUGUUGACUACCAAAUUAGUGUCUAACAUCCUCACAGCGCGCGCACACCUUUGGAUGAAAACUCGGUAUAAUUACUGAAACUUUACUAUUUUCUGCCUCCACAGACAGGCAUUUCUUCUCCAAACACGCCCAUACUCAGAAUAUGCAAAGAUCCUCUUAACUCCUUAUCUACAGGAAUUUUUAAGACUCUUCUCCCGUCACAGUACAAUGCAAAGUUUGCUUACCAAUCUUCCAGUGACACCUGCAUCAUUCGGCAUCGCUUCUGUAAAACCAAAGUGACAGGUUGCAACUCUUAUAAAGAAACCACACCUUCACUGCAAACCUCGAAGUACCGCUUUAGCUUCCCUGCCACACCAACGAGGAAAACUUGGUCAAAGCUGCAGGAAAAGUGCAGUAAAACCUAAGAAGCGCUUGACAAAUAACGCUGAGCAGCACCCUAACAGAUCGACUGUUUGAGUGGGUAGAGGAAAGCUUGCCAGACCUCGGCAGGGUGAGUGAGUGUCCCUAGCGCUAUAUAAGGGGAUCCAUUCCCUGUCAGUGUCACUUCACAAAAACGAGCACAGCGAUGCGACGGAUGUCAGGAGUUUUGCUGUGCCUGGUGGCAGCGGUGGCAGCAGAUGCUGCAGAAGUGAUGAAGGAAGCCGCCCACCACGAGGUCAGCGAUACCAGGUCGGGUCCCGCAGAAGGAAACGAUGAUCCAGGCGCCGUUCAGAUUGGCGGCCAGCGAUUACUGGGAGUGUCGUCCACAACCACGCACACUAGUGUAGUCAUGGUCACCUCCACCGUGUUUUUCUCCUGCCUCUCCGGAACAAGCGCUGCGGUGUGUCUCGGUCGCCGGCGGAAGAAGAGUGUACCGACUAUGGUUGAGUUCGAUGAUAGUGACACCAGCCAUACCAGCAAGGCCCUGGACGGUAGCCUGGUCGAUCCAGACGGGACAAGAUCUUACGCCUCCGAUUCUUCUGAUUUCUCUUCGGAUUCUCGCCAGGCUGAUAAAGACGGCAAGUUCCAGUUCCUCACCGUUUGGAGCGCUGUCAGCACCACCACCACCGUCACCAUGUUGUACACGGACACCAACACCACCAUUCGCCUCUCGUACUAUUGCCAGGCGGGCUUCCAGCAGCUGCCCAACGGGUGCGGUUAGUUAGCCUGCCAAUACGUCACAGGUGGUAUGGAUGAAUCCUGAUGCGGAUCCUUCCCACACAGGCGACGACACGAUCCUGUAAUGAUGGCUACUGUAUUUAUUUUGUACCUGAAUAAGAGAAUCCAAGUAAUUAUGUGCACCCAUCUCC